ACUCAGGAUUAAUUUGCCAUCUGUACUGAAGAAAUAGAGGGUGAGACAGAAUGAUAAUUGCUCUGCCAUUAUAAUAGUUGACCUGAAAGAGAUAGCUGAUUGUAAAAGAUAAUGAUUAAGAAGCUAAGAAUGCUUACGUCACAUCAUCAUUUCUGUUCUGAGAUAUUUUGGAGUGUAACAAUGUGCUCUUGUCCACUCUCGGACACGACUGGCUUUUGGACUAAUUCUGAGCCUCAGAGUACAGCUAAGAUGGACUCCUGUCAUAUUUCGCAACAGCAGGUUUUUUUUUUUGUUUUGUUUUUUGGGGAUGUUUAAUCUGAUUUCUCCCUCUGGCCUCAUCUUAGUCUGUCUGCUUCUAAACAUGAACAAUCCCAAAGAAUAAGCCCAUCCCUGUACUUAAAGUAAUACCCCUAUUCCCUACCUCCAUUCCAAGAAUUCAAGGCAAGUCAUCACUGGUGCACAAACACUGUGCUGAUUCAGCAGCAUGAUAUCUGUAUAUAUGUGUGUGUGUAUGAGAGAGAGUAUAAUUCUUUAUAACCUCAUAACACAUUCUGUUGUGUUGUUAUUCUCCCGUUACGUCUUUAUUAUUUUGUGUAUUACACCCGUUUCAUGACAUAACAGCAUUUAAGAGGAUCAUCCCCUUGGUUUUACAGCAGGGCUGUUUUCUCUGUUCUGACUUCUGUCUCUCUGAAGAUGUUUCUCUCUCUCUCUCUCUCUCUCUCUCACACACACACAACCACGCCCAGCGUUCACAGUAGGGUAAAUCCCUGAAUGUGUAGCCAGCCUGUAAAAGGGAACAUUUUUCUCCUUAUGAAAUAGUGGGUGGCCCCCUUUCUCUCAUUUCCUCUCGCUGUCACUCCAUCUGUUUUCUUUAGCGAGAGUCUCCUUUCUAACCGCGUGCCGUGUCAGAGGGUCACCGUGGCCCUGUCUGCAGUGGAGUGUGGCGGUGCAUUCUGGGACCUUCAGUCCUUUUUGUCAUUCCCCUCUACCUGUUCAUUUUGUCUCAUCUUUCAUUCCAUCCCUGCACACUUCACUCAUCUACACAGCCAGGGCUGACUUUGUGCCCCCAGGGACAGCCUAAAAGGUGGGAAACCCUCGCGUGGAGCUCACUCUCUCAGAGCUGCAGGAGAUGGCCACUCGUCAGCAGCAGCAAAUUGAGGCCCAGCAACAGAUGCUUGUCGCUAAGGAGCAACGGUUGCGCUAUUUGAAGCAGCAGGAGCGACGGCAGCAGCAGGCUGUGUCUGAGACAGAGAAACUCCAGAGGUUAAAGGAGAGGGUGGAGAGUCAGGAAGCCAAACUCAAGAAGAUCCGUGCCAUGAGGGGCCAAGUGGACUACAGCAAAGUCAUCAAUGGCAACCUGUCCACAGAGAUCGAGCACAUCAGCGGGCUGUUCCAGGACAAGCAGGCAGAGCUGCAGGCAGCCGUCUUGAGGGUGGAUCAGCUCAGCCAGCAGCUGGAGGACCUGAGGAGAGGUAAACUAAAUGGCCUGCAGACCCUCGGUGGUCAGGUCACCGGCACCGCUGCCCUGGAGCUCCGCAAACUGUACCAGGAGCUGCAGAUACGCAAUAAGCUGAAUCAGGAGCAGAACAGUAAACUUCAGCAGCAGAAAGAGCUGUUGAAUAAGAGAAACAUGGAGGUGACACUGAUGGACAAGCGUAUCAAUGAGCUCAGAGAUCGACUAUACAAGAGAAAAGCUGAGGCACGUCAAAAAGAAAACCUUCCACUGAAUAGAGUAAACUGUCCACCCUCUCCCCAGCCGGCUCCCGGAAACACUGGUCGUGUGGCUGCUGUGGGACCCUACAUCCAGGUCCCAGUGCCAGGCAGGCAGGAGGGUUAUGUAGUGCCCCUUGAACCUCUCAAACCUCAGUCACUGGGUGUUAACACCCCACCCAACCAUGCCCGCUCCAAAUCAGAUGGAGUGAGAAAGCCUCCUGGCCCCUGGAAGGUCUCUGAUUUAGACAUCAUAGUGGACCCGAAUGCUCCACCCCCACCAGAGCCCCGCCCAGGCCCUGGGGCUCCACCCCCAGUCACCGGCUCUGCGGCAGGGUCGGACAGCGCUUCUCCAAAUGAUGGCGGUUGGCCCACCCUCAACAAGAGCAACACAUCAGUCAAAGCACCUGACUGGAAGGAGUCUGGAACAGACACGACCAGUAAAACGGCAUCACCUGCAGGCACUCCUGGAGAUAAGGAUUCCAGUAAAAUGGGCUCAGCUCCUCCUCUCAGUAAGCCCCAGCCUCCCCCGUACGGAGCCCAUACCAGCAGCCACCCUCUCUCGUCUGCCAACUCGGGUUCCACCAGCUCUUUGGACCGACGCAAGGAUGUUCCUCUCAGACCGGUGCCCAGCCUACCCACCAACCCACUGCCGCAGCCGGCCUGGCCCCGUGUUCCCCCUGCACCCACCGGCUCUUCCUCUCAGCAGAUCCAGCAGCGCAUUUCCGUGCCCCCCAGUCCCACCUUCCAGCCCAGUCCACCCUUUUUCCCCCCCAGUGAGAGGCCAGACCCUCCUCUGGCUGUAGCGGUAAGGCCGUUCAUCCCAGAUAAGGGCUCCAGACCGCAGUCACCCAGAAAAGGCCCAGCCACUAUGAACUCAAGCUCCAUCUACCAUAUGUACCUACAACAAACAGCCCCCAAGAACUACCCUCUGAACAUCAAGCCGGCAGUCAAAGCAGUAUAUGGUAAGCCAGUCCUGCCUCCCAGCUCAGCACCCCCCUCUCCCUUACUUUUUGGGGGUUCUGGGGCCUUUCCCGCCCUGCAGGGUCCAGGAGGAGACAUGUUGGAUUUUGAGCUGGACCUUGAUGGUCAAAUUAUGGGUGUUCCUGAGCCACCCCCACCCAACGUGGACCACAUCCCACGACCUCUCAGCCCUACUAAACUCACACCCAUGGUGCACUCCCCUCUGCGCUACCAGAGCGAUGCUGAGCUGGAGGCCUUGCGCAAGAAACUGGCCAAUGCUCCACGACCACUUAAGAAACGCAGCUCGAUUACGGAACCAGAGGGUCCCAAUGGGCCCAACAUCCAGAAACUCCUCUAUCAGCGGUUCAACACCCUGGCUGGAGGGAUAGAAGGAGGAGUGGACGGUGUGAGUGGAGGUGGAGGAGUGACUCCAUUCUACCAGCCCUCCGUGGCCACAGGUGAAAUGCUCUUUGAUGCAGACAAUGGGAAUCAACCUUCAGAAACACCCAUCGUGCCCUCGGAGGGCACUGUUGCUGAGGAUGUUGUCCCGCAAGGUGAUGCCAAUGAUAAUGAGCCCCCAGAACAAGCGGCUGAGACGCUGACCCCUCCAGCACCAGAACUGUCAGAAGACAAUAACAAUAAUCCUGCAGAAACAUUAGCAAUUUUACCAAGUCCUGUAGCUGAGGCCAGCACACCUGAAGAAGCAGACACCUGUCCCUCAUCCCAGCCCACGGGCAAACGCACAAACCUAAAGAAACCCGAUUCAGAGCGGACGGGUCACGGCCUUAGAGUGAAGUUCAACCCACUCGCUCUGCUGCUGGAUGCCUCACUGGAGGGCGAGUUUGACCUUGUACAAAGGAUAAUCUAUGAGGUUGACAAUCCCAGCACCCCUAAUGAUGAGGGCAUCACACCCCUCCAUAACGCAGUGUGUGCCGGACACCACCACAUCGUCAAGUUCCUGCUGGACUUUGGUGUUAAUGUGAAUGCAGCUGACAGUGAUGGCUGGACGCCCUUGCACUGUGCCGCCUCCUGUAACAGCGUGCACCUGUGUAAGAUACUGGUGGAGUCUGGUGCUGCCAUCUUUGCCACCACUAUCAGUGAUGUAGAGACGGCAGCAGACAAAUGUGAGGAGAUGGAGGAGGGUUACAUACAGUGCUCACAGUUUCUCUAUGGUGUGCAGGAGAAGUUGGGAGUGAUGAAUAAGGGAGUUGUGUACGCGCUGUGGGAGUAUGAGGCUCAGAGCGCAGAUGAGCUUUCCUUUCAGAAGGGUGAUGCCAUUACUGUCCUACGCAGGAAGGACGAUACCGAGACGGAGUGGUGGUGGAGUAAACUCAAUGACAAAGAGGGCUAUGUGCCUCGGAACCUAUUAGGGCUUUACCCCAGAAUAAAACCAUGUCAGAGGUCUCUGGCGUAACUCUCUCGUGGGUGACCGACCGGACUGAUGUCUCGAGGUGUUGAACCUCCGUCUUUCACCUCUAUGUGCCACUUGGACCACAGAAGGGGUGAAGCUGCUAAACCCUGAACCUGGAGGCACUAUUAACCGCACUACUCAAACACACUCUCCAGCGAACACCAGGCCAAACAAGCAGCCUCAGGUUUCUCGGUCUGCCCCCAUCAGCUCAGCCACCAGGCCUCCGUAUCUCCUACUCCACUCCUCACGCGCUCUCUUGUAUUCAUGUAAAAUGUAUUACAGCUGUACAUCACACCUUGGGGAUCAAGCAUUAAUCACUUUGACAAGAGCUUUUCUUUAUUUGUAGUUGCUUACCCAUGAUGCUUUGCUGAGAGGACCAGGGCAGGCAGUGCUCUUUAUCAGAGAGAGAUUCUGUAUACUUGGAAUUUAACUGGAUGAAUGAGAGCUGAGGUUAUGUAGGCUUCAAACAAAGGACUUGUGUGUGAAUUUUAUAGCUCAUCUACAAAAACGAGUGUAUAAACUGGAAGUAUAUGAGCGCAGAGAACAAAAUAUAAAUAGUUUGCAAUUAUUCUGAUCUAUGACUGAGGAAUCCCAUAAACUGAUGGGCAUGUAUAUGAUUCAUAAAGGUGCAUAUAAGUGAGAGUGUAUGUGUUGCGUGUGGGAUUUAUGUAUGAGUGUGAAUUGUUUUUCUUUUUUUUCUUCCUCCACUGCAGUGAGCAUCAUACAAAAGUGUGAAGUGCUGAGAAGAGUGUUUUGAAGAAUGUGUGUGAAGUGUUAGAAAGAUUUAGAUGAACCAUCAUUUCUAAAAGCAGUAAGUAUCUAGCUUACAGUGACUUGCAGCAUUCGUUUUGUCAGUUUGUUGGCUGUAGAGGGUUUGGCUAGAGUGUCACGGCUCCCAUGAAUUAAGCUUUUUCAAUUAUUUUAAACUUUUGUUUUGUUUUUGAAUGUUUCUUUAUAUUAUUCCAGCCCAUUCCACUCCACUCCACUUUUUAGUCAUGUGAAAUGAUUUUUAUAUUCUGCCGUUAAGGCAGUGAAGAGCUUUAUUGUGGAGUUUAACCUUGUAAAUACUGUGAUGAGGACAGGAGAGGAGACAUGCUUGACUCGAUGCUAUUAGACUAAACUGCCCGUGUGGGCUUCUGUGAAAUACAGUGACUCGCACCUUGUGUUCUAAACAUGACAACAUAAUAAAAAGAAAUGAGUCGUAGCAAGAAA